AGUUGCUUUAGGGCUCAAACGGGACCAAAGCCAUGGCACCUCCCGCGAUUCAGUUGCUUGCAGAACCUUCGCGGUGAAACACGGACUCGUAGAGCGGCUUCCCAAACCGAAAACGCCGGACCUGUUUUAGCAAAGGUGACAAGGCUGCUGCUAAGGUAGCGGAGACGCCGAAAGCUACUUCAAGUCAAAGGUCGACUCUUCAGGUGUGCUUACGCUUCAACAAAGCAGCAGUAGUAAUACUAUGUUUCGUCGCUAAUAUCAGCAAUAUUCGUUCAGGCUCGUGCAACAAAGCAACCUUCGCAGGCAUGGCGUCCCUCUGGAAGUUAUAAAGGCCUUUUCGAAAAGACAUCCACUUACACACGCCCUCCAGUACCGCAACACCGCAGUAGUUCUGCUCCGGUUGCUUCCCGUUCCAGCAAGGUGCACUUCAGUCGAAGAAGUUCACCAGCAACCGCAAUCUCUGAUCCGCCUGAGGUGGCACAAGCAGCGAGUAUUGAUAAUGACGAUGCCAAUGACCAACUGACUGCAGCCUUUCAUAAAGACAAUGUCGCUGAUCUCCUUACUGCUGCUAUAGACAACGUUGCUGAUCACCGUACUGCAGCUAUUCACGAGGAUGAUGUCGCUGAUGACCCCACUGCUGCUAUUCUUGAAGACAAUGUCGCUGAUCACCAGACCGCUGCUGUUUAUGAACAUAAUGUCGCUGAUCAGCUUACUGCAGCUAUUCAUGAAGACAAUGCCGCUGAUCACCUUACUACAGCUAUUGAUGAAGACAACGCUGACAAUCCCACUGCAACUAUUUAUGAAGACAAUGUCUCUGAGAAUCCCACUGCUGCUAUGCAUGAAGACAAUGUCGCUGCUCAACUUAAUGCAGCUAUUCACGAAGACCAUGUCGCUAAUAACCCCACUGCAGCUGCUCAUGAAGACUAUGUCGCUGACAAGCCCACUCCAGCCAUUCAUGACGACAAUGUCUCUGAUAACCCCUCUGCUGCUAUUCAUGAGAACAAUUUCUCUGAUCACCUGACUGCUGCUUUUAAUGAAGACAAUAUAGCUGAUCACCUCACUGCUCCUAUUCAUGAAGACAAUGCCGCUGAUCACCUUACUGCAGCUAUUCACGAAGACCAUGUCGCUAAUAAACCCUCUGCAGCUGCUCAUGAAGACAAUGUCGCUGACAAACCCACUCCAGCCAUUCAUGAAGACAAUGUCUCUGAUAACCCCACUGCUGCUAUGCAUGAGAACAAGUUCUCUGAUCACCUGACUGCUGCUAUUAUUGAAGACAAUGCCGCUGAUCACGUUACUGCAGCUAUUCACGAAGACUAUGUCGCUAAGAACCCCACUGCAGCGUUCACGAAGACAAUGUCGCUGAUCCCCUGACUGCUGCUGUUCAUGAAGACAAUUUUGCUGAUCACCUAACUGCUGCUGUUCAUGAAGAUAACGGCUCUGAUAACCAACCUGCUGCUUUUUUUGAAGAAAAUGUCUCUGAUCACUCUACUGCAGCAAUGUCGCUUAUCGCCUUACUGCUGCUACUCACGAAGACCAUGUCACUAAUUACCCCACUGCAGCUAUUUAUGAAGCCAAUCUCGCUGAUCACCUGACUGCUUCUAUUGAUGAAACCAACGUCUCUGAUCACCUGACUGCUGCUAUUCGUGGAGACUAUGUCACUAACCACCUUACUUCUGCUAUUCAUGAAGACACUAUUGCUGAUCACCUUACUCCAUCUACUCGUGAUGACAAUGCCGCUGAUCACCUCACUGCUGCUAUUGACGAAGACAAGGUCGCUGAUCACCUCACUGCAGCUAUCUGAUUGAUACAAACAGUGAGUGCUGAAGGAGGUGCUGUCAUCCACAUGAGGGAAUAAGGCAACUGACCACAGUGCAGCGCAGCAUUUGCCAUUAGGAAUAAGGUCGCAUCGACCUGCUGUACAAGGGAAGCGUCACCAUUUUUAUUUAUUCUUGUCUUUCUCACGGUGCUGUAAAACAAGUUUAUCUAUGAGAUAUUUGUACACUCAUAGGCCUACCACCAUAAAGCCUCUCCGAAGUGCAAGCAGUUUAUGAGGUAAGUCGUCCUAACCUGGUGUAGGCUGAUAGCGCCCCACAUAUAAACAACACUUUCUUAUGAAAGGGCAGAGGGAACCCUCACAAGAAACAGAUUAACGUAACAAGCAUAGCAUGGCAACGGCAGAAUGGGGCGAGAUGACCCCGUGAAGUCAGUUUAAAACAACCAGGAACCAGAAAUCCCGUGCAUCCUCCCUCCUCUCACUUCCUGGUACCAGAGGGACUGAUGAUGAUGAGUUUGCCACCGACAGGCAGGACGUCGACUUAAGCAUUUCAAAACCAGAAGGUUCUGUCGGUGUUCUAUGGCCCUGCAACCACAGCAGUGGUGUGCGAGCACUGCCACGUGCAUGGAAGAGGUUGGUCGGGAGCAGGGCACGGAGAGGUGGAGGAAAGGAGAGACGGGCAAGGAGGGAUAGGACCCAUGAGCAAUCAGCUAGAGCAUGAAGCUGUUUCCGAGAGAUGCGUUGCUGACCCGACGAGAGUGGCAGGUGUUGGGGUUCCGCCUGUGUGGCAUGGCAUUGGUGAGACGACCCCGAGGGUGCAGUGGCCUGGCAGCAAGUUUGCAAAAAAUGAAGGAGCUGACAUGGGAAGUGAAGAUACUGCAGCGAGUAGAGGGGAGAUUGGGAAUGGACACCUAGAGGAAAAAGAAUCGUCCGGCAAUGCUUUGGUGGCCAGUUCAGAAGGGGGUGAUCCUGGGCGAGUAAGAUAUCCAUCAGGCCAACAGAGAUAUGAUGAUGCAGUUGAGAGUGCAGACGGUGAAGAGGAGGCCAGAUAUAGUUGGCAGUAUGUUUCCAGUAGGGUGGGCCAGUCGAGGAAAGGGAGUGAUGGAUGGGAGGCAGUGAAGAGGGCAGCAGGGAGGAAAGCACGGGCAGUGGCAAGGGGGAUACUUCUAGCCGAGAGAAGAGUGCUAGUUGGGAAGUGAGUGCGAGCGGGAGGAUAGGUGGGAGAGGAAGCACAGGAGGAGAAGCUGCGAGAGGGUGAAUGGGUGGAGCAACCAGAGCCUGGCGUGUACGUGACCCUGGCAAAACUGCCUGGUGAAGGAACAGAGCUGUGCCGAAUCCGGUUCAGGUUUUUACGGAGCAGCGAGUGGAGACGUGGUGGGCUGAAAUCAAGGCAACAGUAAUAUGGUACAUAAUAUGGCAGUUACUAUGUACCAUAUUAUGUACCAUAUUAUCAGCAUAGCAAAAAAAUCUUCCGGCAAACCAGGGAGGCUGAAGCACCCCGAUAGAUUAGUUCAUUUACGCCACUAGGGUGGUUCACAACACGCCAUUAGUUCAUCUGAUGUUCUAUAAUAAUUUUCAACUGGGCCGUUUGGACAUUAUUGU